AUGGACAUGUUUGGGACACAAACUGUACACACGACACACGGUUCAAGGUCGUCGACACAACUCACAGAGUCUCGUCAGUAUAUGGAGGUUGGUGAUCCUGUAGCAAAAUCUGGAACAGCAGCGGGCUCACCUCCACCGCUCCCACAGGCUCACCUCCACUGCUCCCACAGGCUCCUCACUACCGCUCCCAGGCUCCUCUCUACCGCUCCCACAGGCUCCUCUCUACGCUCCCACAGGCUCCUCUCUACCGCUCCCACAGGCUCCUCUCUACCGCUCCCACAGGCUCCUCUCUACCGCUCCCAUAGGCUCCCACCUCCACUGCUCCCACAGGCUCCUAUUCAUCGCUCCCACAGGCUCCUCUCUACCGCUCCACAGGCUCCUCUCUACCACCGCUCCCACAGGCUCCUCUCUACCGCUCCCACAGGCUCCUCUCUACCGCUCCCACAGGCUCCUCUCUUACCGCUCCCACAGGCUCACCUCCACUGCUCCCACGGGCUCCUCUCUACCGCUCCCACAGGCUCCUCUCUACCGCUCCACAGGCUCCUCUACCGCUCCCACAGGCUCACUCUCUACACUCCCACAGGCUCCUCUACCGCUCCACAGGCUCCUCUCUACCGCUCCCACAGGCUCCUCUCUACCCGCUCCCGCAGGCCUCCUCUCUACCGCUCCCGCAAUCACCUCCACCGCUCCCACAGGCUCACCUCCACCGCUCCCACAGGCUCCUCCUCUCUACCGCUCCCACAGGCUCACCUCCACCCGCUCCCACAGGCUCACCUCCACCGCUCCCACGGGCUCACCUCCACCGCUCCACAGGCUCCUCUCUACCACAACCACAGGCUCCUCUCUACCGCUCCCACAGGCUCCUCUCUCUACCGCUCCCACAGGCUCCUCUCUACCGCUCCCGCAGUAUCACACUCCCACCGCUCCCACAGGCUCACCUCCACCGCUCCCACGGAAAAACCACUCUCUACCCGCUCCCCACAGGCUCCUCUCUACCGCUCCCACAGGCUCACCUCCACCACUCCCACAGGCUCACCUCCACCGGCUCCCACAGGCUCCUCUCUACCGCUCCCACAGGCUCACCUCCACCGCUCCCACAGGCUCACCUCCACCGCUCCCCAGGCUCCUCUCUACCGCUCCCACAGGCUCCUCUCUACCGCUCCCACAGGCUCCCACCCCUCCACCGCUCCCACAGGCUCCUCUCUACCGCUCCCACAGGCUCACCUCCACCCGCUCCACAGGCUCACCUCCACCGCUCCCACAGGCUCACCUCCACCGCUCCCACAGGCUCACUCUCUACCGCUCCCACAAGCUCCUCUCUACCGCUCCCACAGGCUCCUCCACCGCUCCCACAGGCUCACCCCACCGCUCCCAGGCUCACCUCCACCGCUCCCACAGGCUCCUCUCUACCGCUCCGACAAGCUCCUCUCUACGCUCCCACAGGCUCCUCUCUACCGCUCCCACAGGCUCCUCUCUACCUCCCACAGGCUCACACUCCACCGCUCCCACAGGCUCACCUCCACCGCUCCCACAGGCUCACCCCCCACCGCUCCACACCACAGCUGCAUUAAACUCGUACAACGUCCCACAAAUCGCCACCAAGAACAGUUCCAUUCCGACGAUUGA